AUGUCCAUAGUGGGCGAGACAAGUGAAACAAUGGCGGAGAAAGCAGCAUUCCAAGUCAUUGUCUUGGGCCCGACUGGUGGUCCCCGCGAAGAUAGCGUCACGGGCAUUCUUGUCCGGUCAACGGCAACGAAAUGGUCUCCAAAUUCGGUGGUGGCCGUUGAUGCGGGUACCCUUCUUGCAGGCAUCAUUCGAUUAUUGGAACGAUACAUCCCCGAAUGCACAGAUGAUCAGGGGAUGAUGACAAGUGGGCCCUUUCAGGGGCUUGGGCUGCCCUGCAGAACACCACAGGCAAAUGCAGCUCAUGUAUUUCGAGAAAUCAUUGGUGCUGUACUCAUCACGCACCCUCAUCUAGAUCAUAUCUCAGGGCUGGCCAUUAAUACCCCAGUUCUGGAAGCGGGUAAUGGACCAAAGCCUGUAGCUGCUUUACCAUCUGUGUUAUCCGCUCUCAAAAACCAUAUGUUCAACGAUGUUAUCUGGCCUAACCUGUCCGACGAGGAUGGGGGGCCGGUCUGCUUACAUAUCAGCGCCUGGUGGAAGGUGGAAACCCUCGCUUCGGUCGUGGAGAUAGUAGAGGCUACCCAUGGCCGGUGCAAGCAGCGAUACCAUCCAGAAACUGGGACGCACCAUCGAGUUGGGAGUACCGUCUUUUCGGAUCAUCAAUUGAUGAUCCCUUCAAGGGCAAUUUCAGUGGACCAUACCGAUGGCAGCUUUUAUUCCCCUGCUCGCUCGCCACAUAUACUUCCAUCCAACCCCAAAGAGCCCAUGAUGGCAACGGUUGAGAGUUCCGCAUUCUUUUUACGUGACCAUCAUACCGGCACUGAGAUCAUUGUCUUCGGUGACGUCGAACCCGACUGUGUCUCUAUGGGAACUCAUAACAAACGAGUAUGGGAAGCCGCUGCGCCAAAGAUUGCCACGGGCAAACUACGAGCGAUCUUCAUCGAAUGUUCCUACAACGACAGCACCGACGAUUCAUAUCUGUACGGCCACAUGUGUCCACGACAUCUAGUCUUCGAGCUCAGCGUCUUAGCCAACAGAGUCCUGGAAAUACGGGAUGUGAGCACGGGCGAGAAAAAGCGCAAGCGUGAAACCGUAGGACCCGUCGAGAGCGGCAGCGAGCAAGUGAGCCCAAAAACCAAACGGGCUCUAAGCUCCUGUGUCGAUGCAGGCAAGAUAUCUGAGUCGCUUAUUGAGCCUCGAUCGCACCCAAGCGGGUCAUUUGAUAUACCUCGGAUACCCAGAGUGGACUUUGAAGAGGUUUUAGGACAUCCAGACCCUCAGACAUGGAUUCAUACUACUCCACUUCCUCUGGAGGGAUUGAAAGUCUACAUUAUUCAUAUCAAGGAAAAUCUAACUGAUGGUCCUCAUCCUGGAGAACAGAUUCUAAAGGAACUCCAGCAUCAUGGCGAAGCAGCGCACCUGGGUUGUGAAUUCUUCAUCCCGAAUCCUCUUGAGGGAAUAUGGAUCUGA